UCGACAACUUCAACCCCUUUAAUGUAUCGAAAAUGGCUUCACUUUUGUGCAGAAAAUGUGCUUCUGUUUUCAGAAAUGGAGGCUUGAGAUACACAACCCUGAAUCGUAUUCCUAUCCUGUUUGAAGAUAUUUCACUCAGAUGUCUUCCUUCAGCAGGGUAUGCAAAGAAAGCAGGAAAAGGUGGUGCCAAGGGUGCUAAAGCUGAGCGUCUCUACGACAUCCUUGAAGUGAACACCGAUCCCAAGUACCUUGUCACCCAUUGUGCGGGGUCAAACUACUUCAAGGAAGGCGCAGAUGUCAAACUGAAAGCUGACGAGGAAUACCCGGACUGGUUAUGGAGUUUGAACACUGGAAAGGUCAAGGAGCUGAAUGAGUUGGAGCAGGAUACACCGCAGUAUUGGAGGAGAUUGAGGAAGAUGCAUAUGAAAAGGAACAAUAGACUUGCCAAGGGAGAGAAAUUCUAGACCCGAACUGUCUCAAAUUUGGCAUUUUCUGACCAAGACUUUGUAAAUGAUGAUGUUUGACAUUUUCAGUUAUCAUCUAUGAUAUUACGGAAGCUGUGAAGAUCGAUGAAGUACCAGGCCAGAGUGAAAAUGACUUUUCUAAAAACUAGAGUUUGACUCUCUUGACUUUGCUGAUUUUGCUAAGACUUUGUACAUCCCUGUUCCUAAAAUUUAGUCCAGACAGGUGACAGGUCAGAGAGAUGGCUAAAAAAAAAAAAACUUUUUCCACUCAGUAAAAUCUCACGCCAUAAUUUGUAUUAUUUCUUUUGAGGCUAUCUGAGGAGUGAUAACCCCAAGCAUUUUUCUUCCCAAACAAGUUUCUUCAUGUUUGUGAUCAGAAAUUUGCAAUCAUGAUUAAUCAUUUCACCAAAUAUAUAAACAAAAGGUGAUAAAACAUUUUAACCUUCUAUUACAUACAGUAUAGAAACCAUUGAUACUUGAUAGGUAUUUAAUUAUCCCUACCAAAUGACAAAUGCAUGUACAAAGGUU